ACAGUCUCAGGUUCUUCUUCUGCCAACCGCAAAUCUCAGCUGUCCUCAUCAGAGGUAAGUUUCUGCUCUCCAUGUCUCUCGAGUCUCGUCUUAGGCUGGCUGCUCCGCCCCGUAUUCCAUACCCGACCGCCCACUGCUCCUGGGUAGGAACACUCCUCAGUAGCCUCAAUACCCUCAUCUCAGAGGGUUUCCCGUUGGAUGACUGCAAACUAUCUCCUCAAUUCCUCGUUUCUCGCGGAUUGCCCGCCGCGUCUUUGCUAGGGCACAAACCUCUCGUUUUGCCUCACUGACCUCUGGGAGCAAACUGACUGUUUCCAUCCAGGUCGCGAAUCUCGCCCUAAAUAACUGAA